AUGGCGACCCUGGCGGAGAAGCUUGAGAAGAUUAAGUCUCCCAAGCUGCAGAAUCAGCACCAUACGGCCGUGGUGCUGUCUGCAGUGGAAGACACUCUUCGCGAUCAAAAGGCCGACUUUUCCCCCACCGCCUAUUUCGCCGCGCUGCUUGCGCUUCUGGCCCAGUCCAUCUCCGCCUCCCAAGGCAUCGUCAACAAGGAUCUAGCAACCUCCGUCGUUUAUCUGCUCGAUAUCACCACCGCCUAUGUCCCUGCCCCGAUUCUCCGCUCCAAGUUCUCCCAGAUCCUCACCAGUCUCGCCCCUGCUCUCUCCCUGCCUGAAGUCGAUGCCCCGCUUCUCCGUCCGUCCAUUGGCUGUCUCGAGUCGCUCCUCAUCGCCCAGGACGUUCCAGCCUGGAAUCUCCCUCACACCCAGAUCGGCCCGCGCCGUGCGAUGGCGGGCCUGCUGAGCUUGUCCGUCGACCACCGCCCCAAGGUGCGGAAGCGUGCCCAGGACGCUUUGGUCAAGGUUCUCAAGACUCCCCCGCCCAGUCCUUCCCUCGAUCACCCGGCUGCCGAUAUGUGUGCGGAGACCGCCAUGCGUACUCUGAGCGACAGUGUCACCGCUGCCACAAAGUCAAAGCGUGGUCGGAAUGAUCCCCAGGCCAGGGAGAGCCACGAUCCGUUGGUCAUCCACUCCCUGCAACUGGUGAAGACGAUUGCGAUCGCGUCCGGAGGCUGGCCAAGCAAGAAGAUCGAGCCGCUGUGCGAGCUCUUGAUGAACGCAUCUCGCUCCAGUAACGAAUUCAUCACGAUGGGUGCUUUCGAGGUGUUCGAGGUGAUCUUUUCCAGCAUGGCCGACGAGUUUUCGUCCUCGAAGCUGCCCCGUCUUUUGGAGGCUAUCACGGAUUUGAAGCCCGCGCAGAACGAUUCGCAGCUACUGCCGCCCUGGAUUGCCGUGUUGUCGCGUGGUUACGACGUCUCUGCUCAGACUAGCCCCGAGGAUACCUUCGAGAAGUUGCCCGCUCUGUUCAACAUGGUUUCCGGCUAUUUGGCCUCGCCUUCUAGCAACAUCCGCGUGUCGGCAUCGGAAUGUUUGGUCUCGUUUUUGGCUAACUGCAUCCCGAGCAGUGUCAUCAUUGAGCCCUCCGUCUACGAUGAGAAGAUGCUCGAGAAGUUGGCCAAGGCUGCCAUGGAUCUGCUUUCCGUCAAGUACCAGGCUGCAUGGCGCGAGGUGUUCAACGUCUGCGCGGCUUUGUUCGACAGCUUCAAGUGGCGCUCCAGCCCCUUCCUGGACGGCGUUGUCAGGACGGUCGGAGAGCUCCGCAGCAACGAGUCUUUCCAGGGAAAGAAGGAGGCGGACAAUGUUCUUGGUAGCGCUAUUGAGGCCAUGGGCCCUGCUGCAGUCUUGGAGAUCCUGCCCCUGAAUAUCAUCGAGCAGAAGCAGGGCCAGCCUGGUCGCGUUUGGUUCCUCCCCGUGCUUCGCGACAACGUCACCAACACUAACCUUGCCCAUUUCCGCUCCGAGUUCGUUCCCCUCAGUGAGGCCCUGUACCACAAGGUCAUGGACUACACCUCCCAAGAGAAGAAUGUCGAGGUGAAGAUCUUCGAGACUCUCGUUCAGCAGACGUGGGGCAUCCUUCCUGGGUACUGUGAGCUUCCUCUGGACCUGAUCGAGUCCUUCGACCAGGGCUUUGCGGAACUGCUCUCCAAUGUCCUCUACAAGCAGACCGAUCUGCGUGUUGACAUCUGCAGAGCCUUGCAGAACCUGGUGGAGUCCAACCAGGCCAUCCUGUCCGUCGAGGCGGAUGGCGACGACCUGAUCCUCCAGCGCAGAAUCACCAAGGAAGCCGCGAAGAAGAACAUUGGCCAUCUUGCCGGCUUCGCCAGCAACCUGUUGGCGGUUCUGUUCAACGUGUACAGCCAAACGCUCCCGCACUACAGAGGCUACAUCCUCCAGUGUAUCAAUGCCUACUUGAGCAUCGUCCCCGAGAAGGAACUUAACGAAACGUUUGAACGUGUUAGCUCGAUGCUCGAGUCAUCGGUGGUCUCGGAGACCGAGGCAGCCAAGCAGGGCAACCAGCAGACCGGCUCUGGUGACAAGAUGCCGCCCAAUUCGCACACCCUGAUUGACCUGGUCAUCGCAAUGUCGAUCUACCUGCCCCGCUCGAGUUUCGCGAACCUGUUUGCCCUUGCUGCGGCCGUCCUUAGCGGGCAGACUGGUGAUCAGCAGCUGAUCAAGAAGGCGUACAAGCUGAUCCCUCGUUUGGCCCAGACCGAGACUGGAAGCGCUGCGCUUCGCGAGCGGAGUACGGAGCUUCAGGCGCUCAUGCUCAACACGGCGGACAAGACCCCAGCGUCGGCUCGCCGCGAUCGUAUGCUGGCUAUCUACGAACUCAUCUCCUACCUGCCGACUUCCGACCUGCACUUCAUCCCCUCCGUUCUCUCGGAAGUUGUCUUGGGCUGCAAGGAAAGCAAUGAGAAGGCCCGGACUGCCUCGUUCGAUCUGCUCAUUCACCUGGCCAAGAGAACCACGGACUCGGAGCAGAACCCUCCUGGUACCAAGAUCCGUAACUCUCUUGUGCCACACAUGCCCAACGACGCCCCUGAUGCUCCCGCUACGAUCGAGGAAUUCUUCACCAUGGUGUCUGCGGGUCUGGCUGGUAGCUCGCCGCACAUGGUUGCUGCCUCCGUCACCGCGCUUUCCCGUCUGUUCUUCGAUUUCCACACCCAAGUCCAACCCGCCGUCCGCUCCGACCUGGUGCAGACAGUAGAGCUGUUCCUUACCAGCAACAACCGUGAGAUUGUCCGGUCUGUGCUGGGCUUCGUCAAGGUCGCCGUGGUCGUUCUUCCCGACGAAGAUCUUCGCGCGCGCCUCAACUCCCUGGUGCCGAACCUGAUGGUCUGGAGCAAGGAGCACAAGGGCCGUCUCCGCAGCAAGGUGAAGGGUAUCCUUGACCGUCUUAUUCGGCGCUUCGGUGCAGCUUCCAUUGAGGAGCUGGUUGGUGAAGGCGACCGGAAGCUGGUGGUCAACAUCCGGAAGCUGCGCGAGAGACGCAAGAAGAAGAGAAAGGAGGGCGAGCUGGCGGGUGAGGAUGAGGACGAGGACGAGGAAGAAGAACCCGCAGGAAAGGAGGACAAGGGUGGUCGGGCCUUCAACAACGCCUUUGACAAGGCCGUGUACGACUCCGACUUCGACUCUGACGACGACGCCAGCGAGAUCGACGUCGACGAAGAGGGAGUCACUCAUGCUUCCAAGGGCCGCAAGGGCAAGAAGGCCAAGCAGAGCGAGCAGUACAUCCGUGAAAUGUCUCCCGAGGACAACCCUCUGGAUCUGCUCGCCCCCAACGCUCUGGCCAACAUCUCCACCACCAAACCCAGUGUCCGAUUCCUCAACACCGGCCCCGGUUCCCGCAAGAAGCGCAACGCCAAGGUCGAUGCUGACGGCCGUCUUGUUCUGGGCGAUGACGCCGAGGAUGUGGACAUGUCCGCUGGUCUGGACAACAACGGCGGAGAGAGCGGCAUCAACGCCUACGUUCAAGCCGUCAGCGGACCCGACGCCGUGCGUCGCGGCCAACGCGGUAAGCUCAGGAUGGCUCAGUCCCAGAAGAAGAAGGGUGGCGAUGAUAUGGACCUGGACGAUGACAACGACAACAACAACAACAACGCCUCUGCCCCUGCCUCCCGGCCCGGCCCUGGCCGUCGUGGUCUAGGCGUGCCCAAGACCCACGGUCCCAGCGGCGCCGGACGCAUCCAGAAGCGCAAGCCCAUGCAUGGCGGACGGGGCGGACGGGGUGGACGAGGCGGACGUGGCGGCGGUUUCCGCGUUGGCAACAGAAGAUAA